UGGUGGGGGUGUGGGGACACACACAUAAAAUCAGUAUCUCUGACUAGAAGCUGCAUCCCAUUGGAUGUUAAAGGACAGCCCACAAAAAAAGGGGAAAAGAGGAUGAGAGAGGAGAACUGGACAUCACAAAGACUAAACCGUUUAAGGCAGCUCUUAUUUAUAAACUCAGUUUAGGUAGUUAGGGAACUCAGGACUAGACUGAAAUAAUACUACUUAUCAGGAUCAUUAGCUGCAUCCUUGUAAAAGAACCAAGGCCUUUUAUUUGGUUGGAAUGGCAAAAACUAAAGACUCUAAGGUGGAGGAGAGACCCAAGUGGGACAACAAGGUUCAGUACAUGUUGACGUGUAUUGGCUUUGCAGUGGGACUUGGAAAUGUCUGGCGUUUUCCUUACCUGUGCCAAAUCUAUGGAGGAGGUGCAUUCCUCAUCCCCUACCUGAUAGCGCUGGUGUUUGAGGGCCUCCCAUUGCUCUACCUGGAGUUGGCCAUAGGACAGCGACUCCGCAAGGGCAGCAUUGGUGUCUGGAACUCCAUCUCACCACUUCUGGGUGGAGUCGGAAUUGCCUCCAUGUUGGUGUCAUUUCUGGUGGGUAUUUUCUACAACACCAUCCUGGCGUGGGUGCUUUGGUACUUUUUCCAUUCUUUCCAAAACCCUUUGCCAUGGAGCCAGUGUCCACUCA